AGACUAGCGAUCCUCGUCAAGCCAAAAAGAAAACUAGAGAGUGUCUUGUUAAUAUUGUUUUAUCCCUAAACGCUGCAGUUUCGUGCUCCUUCAUUUCAUUUCACUCCUCCCGCUCAGUUCCAUUCCCUUCUCCACCCUCCACCAGCACAAACAACCAUGGAAGAAGAAUUGCCGCCGCCGCAGUCAGAUCUCCCAAGUCCAAACCCAGCCAGUUCCAUUGACGCUACGCUCCAAAAAAAGCACCAAGCAAUGCUAGACCGUCUCUCCAAUCGCCACCAAUCCCGCCAAAAAACCGCUACCACCUCCACCACCAUUGAUUCCACGGCCUCCUUCCUCUCCACUUUCACAGAAUCCAAACGCUCAAUCGAAUCUCAACUCAACAACUCGCCUAACACACAAGAUCCUACUCUCCUAAAAUCUCACCUCGCUAAUAUCUCCUCUUCCAUCUCCUCCCUCGAAAAACUCGUCGCCGAAAGCUCCUACUUUCUCCCUUCUUACGAACUCCGCUUCUCUCUCAAAUGCAUCGAGAAUUUAAAACAAUCUCUAGAGAAUUCGAAUUCCCAACUUCUCCCCAAGAAGAAAUUCUCCUUCAAAAACAAAUCCACUAGUAAACCAAAUCCCGGUAAUUCAAAUACAAAUCGAAUCCCACCAAAUACAUAUCACAUACCUCAAUCAAUUCGCGAUUCACCUGGAAUUCGAAACAAAGAAAACCAAACUUUAAGCAAAAAUUUCAAGAAUUUUAAAGAGAUUGGGGAGUUUACGCUAUCGGAUUUGGAUUCAUGUGAAGUGAGAUUGAUCGGCUGCAUUAACGCAUUAUUUGUUAACAGAUUGAGGAAUUGUAGGGUUUAUACGGGACCUGUGAUUGGUUCAAUUUUGUUAGAGGAAGUCGAGAACUGCGUGUUCGUGUUAGCAUCGCAUCAGAUAAGGAUACAUUAUGCGAAAAGUUGUGAUUUUUAUUUGAGAGUGAGGAGUAGACCGAUAAUUGAAGAUUGUGGAGGUGUGAGGUUUGCGCCGUAUUGUUUGAGGUAUGUGGGCAUUGAGGAGGAUUUGACGAAAGCAGGGUUGGAAGAGGAGAAAGAAAAUUGGGGAAAUGUGGAUGAUUUCAAGUGGUUGAGAGCAGUGAAAUCACCGAAUUGGUCAGUUUUGGAGGAAAGUGAAAGAAUUGGUUGUGUGGAGAUUGAGGAUUCGGGAAGCACUGAAGCUGAAAUGGAGAUUGAGGGGGUUUAGGGAGCGGAAUUUCAAUAGUUUGUUAUGCUAGUUCUGACUUCAGGCGGAGGGUUCAUCUGUUGAAUAUUAUUGCUCUGUGACAUGUUUUCUGGAUUGUGGUCAAGUUUGCUGUUUAACAUGGUCAGUUUCAAGGAUCAGGUUGUUCUCUGGAUGUUUAAAUCCUUGAAAUACCUGCUGAAUGUGAGUUGCUGCCAUGGCCUACUGGCUGUCCUCAUAGCUUUCUGGUUGGAUGCUGAUAUUUCGCUGGGUGAGUACCUGGUCUGACAAGUUAUUAUGGGAUAGAAGCUAAAAAAUUCAGUUUGUAAGCUAGUUCGCUAUUGCUGUUGACUUGGAUGUGUUCUGUGGAUCGUUUCUAUUCUUCUAUUGAUGCUACAUCUUUUGCUGGCACCUUAAUAAUGCUUCCAAAACUCAUUCCAAUGAUUGCUUGUAGUCCAAUGAUGAUUCAAGUGUUGCUGUUUCUGCAGAUGGGAUUUACUUGCAUGUACAGUGCUGUUGGGUGGGUCAACUUAUACUUUUGUUGUUCUGUUGUUUUAGUAUGAGUAUUUGGUAGCACUUUUGUUUCUUUUUGCAAAUUUUUUGUUAAACAAGGCUAUGACAUGGGAUUUUCAGGGAGGCUAUGCUUGUAGUGGUUCAUUUAGUUUUGUACUUUUCUUAAUGAAAUCCCACCUUUUGCUGUCUAAGAAAA